CAGCUAAAGAGGAAGUUGCGAAGCAAACCCUGUAAACCCACAAGCUAGCGUUAGCUAGGUUAUAUACUUGAGCCGCCCUAAGCACUGAAAGGGGGAAUAACAGGAAGAAGCGCGUAUAGGAAUAAAUACUGUUAUUACGCCCUUUGUCAGAUGUGUAAGUUAGCUGUGCAUAUGUACUCGCAUUACAACUACAAACGGUAAAAUCGACUUGUCGUGAGCAGCAGUCCAAGAAGCAUGUCUACGUCUGACAGCUAGCGUUAACUAGCUAGCUAACGAAAAAUAUGCCUUCAUCCUUCUAGAAACGCUAGCGAUUUAGCCAUCCGCUGCAGCAAUAAUUAACUAGGUAAUUUGGCUUCGAAUCGUUUGAGGACACAGGGCUAAAAGGCUAAUUAACGCUGCACAUUUCACCGUCGCUGCAGCCAGUAUUAAUGCUCCAUAAAACAAGAUUUCUAUAUUUAACUUGAGGGUAAACGGAAUUAUACGACAAUGCAGCUAACAAUUCGACUUGGCUGAUUCAAUGUUAAGGAUAUAGUUAGUGUCGGUGGUAGGAAACGCGUAGUGUUCGAAAGAGGUAAAAUCUCAGUUUGACUCGAUCGUUUUAAUCUAACUCGGUGUCGCCGGCUGUAGAUAACUGUGUGCGGGUUAUCAACCUAAGCAACCGAGCAGAGCAUGAUGAACCCUGUCUGUGGUUACGUUAGCCAACAACACCUUAGCUAACGUUAGCUACUGAACUGGGUAGCCAAAUAGCUAACGCUGGCUUGUUUCUGUGAUUAAUCCGAGACUGAGUGAACUGAAGAAAGCACCUGAGCCGCUGAAACAUGGCCUCAGAGGAAGCAUCACUGCGUGCACUCGAGAGCCUUAUGACAGAGUUCUUUCAUACUUGUACAACAAAUGAACGAAAGAGAGAAAUUGAAGAGCUGCUGAAUAAUUUUGCGCAGCAGACAGGAGCGUGGCGCCACUGCUUAUUCUUUCUCUCCAAUACUCAGAAUGAGUAUGUAAUGAUGUACAGCCUCACAGUAUUCGAAAAUCUGGUGAACAAGAUGUGGAUUGGGGUCGCUUCACAAGACAAGAUGGAGAUUCGCAGUUGUCUGCCUAAACUCCUCCUUGCACAGCACAAAUCUGUCCCUUAUUUCAUCAGGAAUAAACUCUGUAAAGUCAUUGUGGACAUUGGUCGGCAAGACUGGCCAAUGUUCUACCAUGACUUUUUUACAAAUACCCUCCAGCUGAUUCAGUCGCCAGCUCUGGCUCCAUUAGGGUUAGUGAUGCUGAAAACUACAUCAGAGGAACUUGCUUGUCCCCGAGAGGACCUCAGUGUUGCCAGAAAAGAUGAGUUGCGUAAACUGCUGUUAGAACAAGUACCAACAGUGCUUGGACUGUUGACAGGUAUUCUGGAGACUUAUUGGGACAAGCACAGUGUCAUAGCCUCAACUCCCCCUCCAUCACCCACCUCAGGAGAAAGUGUGGAAUUGCUGGGGAAUUUGUUCCAGGGCAGCCAGUACUCAAAACUGCUUUGCCAGCCCAUGGCAGCAUUGGACAAUGAGAGUCAUCAGCUCUGUUGUCUGGUUUUGGAGUGUUUGGCUCACCUGUUCAGCUGGAUCCCUCUAUCCACAAGCAUCACACCUACGCUGUUGGCAUCCAUUUUCCAUUUUGCACGUUUUGGUUGUGAUCUGCGGACAAAGGCCAAGACGGGAUCCUUCAUCUCCACCAACUCCUCGUCCUCUAACGGACAGCCAAUCACAGCUCCCCCUACGUCAAAUGGAGGAGGACGAAAUGGACAGCAGAGUGAGGGGAGCAAGGUGGAUCGCGCCCGGCUUGGUGUACUUGCCAUGACCUGUGUCAAUGAACUGGUGUCAAAGAACUGUGUGCCAAUGGAUUUUGAGGAGUACCUGCUACGCAUGUUCCAGCAGACCUUCUUUCUUCUUCAGAGGUUGACACGGGAGAAUAAUGCUCAUACAGUCAAGAGUCGCCUACAAGAACUUGACGAGAGUUACUUGGAAAAAUUCACAGACUUUCUGCGCCUGUUUGUCAGUGUUCAUUUGAGGCGGAUUGAGUCCAGUCCUCAGUUUCCCAUUGUAGAGUUUCUUGCCCUGCUUUUUAAGUACACUUUCAACCAGCCAACCCAUGACGGAUACUUUGCCUGUUUGGAUAUAUGGAGUAUCUUUUUGGAUUUUCUAACAACCAAAAUCAAAAGCAGGCUGGCUGACAGAGAAAGUGUGCUAAAUAGGUACAAAGAUGCCUUGGUUCUUCUCUUGAGGGAAGUACUGAAUCGGAUACAGUUCAGAUACAACCAGGCUCAGUUAGAGGAGCUGGAUGAUGAGACCUUGGAUGAUGAUCAACAGACUGAGUGGCAAAGGUACCUGCGUCAGAGUCUGGAGGUGGUUGCUAAGGUGAUGGAGCUGCUUCCCUCGCAUGCAUUCACUACUUUGUUUCCUGUUCUUCAAGAGAACCUGGAUGUAUACUUGGGUUUGCAGCAGUUUAUUGUUACCACAGGCACAAGUCGCAGGCUUAAUAUCACUGCAGAGAAUGACUGCCGUCGACUACACUGUUCUCUCAGGGACCUGAGCUCCCUACUUCAAGCUGUCGGACGCUUGGCUGAACAUUUUAUCGGGGAGGUUUUUGCUGCACGUUUCAGUGACGCUCUGGCAGUGGUGGAGAGGUUGGUUGAAGUUACGUGCUACGGCUCACAGACCAGCCUUUACGACCUGGAGACCGCUGUGCCUUCUGUGCUCAAACCAGACCUCAUAGAUGUACAUGCACAGGCCCUUGCUGCUUUGCAGGCCUAUUCUCAUUGGCUUGCACAGUUCUACAGUGAGGUCCACAGCCAAAACCAGAGCCAGUUCAUCAACCUCAUCACAUCUGCAAUAGAUGCCAGCAGCCCACUCAUCACUGCUAAGGUACCUGAAAAGUUGCUGUUGUCAGCGUGCCAUCUGAUGGUUUCCAUAACCUCUACAGUGCGGCCUGUUUUCUUGGUCACUUUGCCUGCUGUGCAAAACAUCUUCAACCUCAUUACAAAUAACCACACCCGUAGACUGCCCCAGGAGGCUCACAUGCUGGUGUGUAGGGCUUUAUCCAACAUGCUGCUGCUCCCGUGGCCAAAUUUACCGGAGAGUGAGCAGCAGUGGCAGUCACGCUCCAGCAACCAUGCCAGCCUCCUGGCAGCCCUCACUCGAGAAUAUCGGGUUUUAAGAGGGACGGUCAACGUCACUCCACGGCAGCCUGAUCUAAAUAACAUGAAAGCAGUGAUACAGCAGACGCUACCUGUGCUUAGAGACAUAGUGGACAGCAUCUCUGGGGAAUCCACUAAAUCCCGUCAGAUCUGUUAUCAGAGUCUUCAGGAGUCUGUACAAGUGUCUCUCAGCCUUUUCCCUGUGUUUAUUCAGCAACCAGAUGUGACGGAUGAGAUGUUAGCCUUCUUCUUGACGCUGUUUCAGGCGUUGCGAGUCCAAAUGGGCGUUCCCUUCACAGGACAAAUCAUCCACACGUUCCUCAGCAUGUUUACCAGGGAACAGCUGGCGGCCAGUAUUUUGCAAGAGGGCAGUGCAGGGUGCAGAGUGGUCCAGAAGUUCCUGAAGAUCCUGCAGGUGGUUGUGCAAGAACCCGGUCAGGCUUUCAAGCCCUUCCUCCCCAGUAUCCUCUCUCUGUGCAUGGAGCAGGUCUAUCCAGUUGUAGCUGAGCGGUCCUCACCUGAUGUCAAGGCAGAGAUGUUUGAGUUACUUUACCAAAUACUUCACCAAAACUGGAGGUACUUCUUCAAAACUUCAGUCUUAACAAGUGUCCAAAGAGGAGGAGCUGCUGAAGAUGUCAUGGAAAAUGAGGCCCAGUUCACGGCCGCCAUGCAGGCUUUUGGACAGUCUUUCCUGCAGCCUGACAUCCACAUCUUCAAGCAGAAUCUUUCCUAUUUGGAGUCUCUCAACAGCAAGCACAAGUUGUAUCACAGAAAGCUUUUCCGGACCUCGAUGCUCUUCCAUUUUAUCAACGUGCUGCUGCAGGUUCUUCUGCACAAAAGUCACGAUCUUCUUCAGGAGGAAAUCACCGUCGCUAUCUACAACAUGGCCUCGGUUGAUUUUGAUGCCUUCUACUCGGCCUUCAUGCCAGAGUUCCUCAAUGGCUGCCAGGGUGUGGACACCAACCAACGGGCUGUCCUCGCACGCAACUUCAAGCUUGAACAGGAUCUGCCUUCGUUCACUCAAAGCGUGCAGCGGCUGGUGAAUGACCUUCGCUACUACAGACUGUGUAACAGUAGCCUGCCCACUGGCACCAUCAAACUAUAGCACAAUGACUGAAACCACUCCACUCACCUACUAGGAUCUUCAAGGACUGCUUGUGCUGACCACUUUGCCCGACACUCCUUCUCCAAAUUCAGCUUUACUCCUCCUAUUGAGUAAUAGGAACGGACAAAACACACUUUGUUUGAGAAUUUGGAGUUGUAGGAUGCUGCUGAUAAUUCUCUUUGAUUUCUACUGUAGAAGGUUGGUGCGUUAUUGUUGUUUUUUAAAGCAGCGCCCACCUUAUAUGUUGCCAAUGAUAAUUUGGCAAGAAAUGUAAACCUGGUCUGCAGUUGGCUUUCGCCCAGACCUGGAGCAGUCUGAGCCAGGCCUUCUUUCCCAUGCCUCUGCACCAAAGCUGGGCUGGGACUGAGCACUUUCGACUCAUUUUGAGUUUUUAAAAUGUCUGCUUUUAUUCAUUUUGCCUUCAAUUUUUUCAUCUCCAAAGGAGACGAACUCUCAACUUAAGAUCUUUCAUAUCAUUCCAUUAUGAAAAGAGAAAACCUGCUUGAUUAAUAAAGUGCUUUUCUAGUAAAAUUAA